CCUUGUCAUUCGUCGUAUAAAAUUGUUUUUUAUCUCUGUCUGUGAUUUCUAAUUGCAUUGAUUUUGUUACAAUUAUAUUUUUCUUCGAUGGAUUUUCUAUUUUUUGAUGUUGUUUAUAUUGUAUAAGUUAUGAAAGUGAAACUUCUGUAAACUUUAUUUAAUUUGAAAUUUCCAUUCAUUCAUAAUCAGCAUGGAUGGUACUUCAGCAAAGAAAUCUACAUCUUUAGAGACUCUAGUCAUUCAAAAUAUUACAAAUGUAAACGAUUUAAAAGCCAAACUGAAUGACAUAAUAAAAACCGGCAUAGAAUACGAGUAUGAUGUAUCUGCUUGCCUAAAGACCUUACUGAGAAGCAGCGAUCAAGAUGUCAUAAUCCUGUGCAUACAGGCAAUAGCAGAGCUUGCUAAAUGUGAAGAGAAGAGGGAGACCUUUGCCCAUAAAGAAGUGUUAGAACCUAUUAUUGAGAUAGUGAGACAAGAGUCGACUUCAGACAAGGCUGAGCUAUUAAAACAGUGCUUUCGAGCUCUCGGAAACAUGUGCUGCGAUUGUGACACAUCAAGGAAGGUUAUUCUUGAGUGUAAUGGGGUCCCUGUGCUUGUCAAAUUACUUGAGAAUGCAUUGGACAAAGGUUGUCAAUUUGAAGAAGUAAAGAUAUAUGCUUGUAAAACAUUUCAAAAUUUUGCUAUUGGUGGUCAAGAGUUUUCAGAGUCAAUUGUUCAAGAAGGUCUUUUAGAUCUUGUUAAAAGAGUCUUAGAGGUGGAGUUACAGAAAAAUGACAUGAAUGAUGAUACUGUGUCAACCGCCCUUCUUAUUCUCAGUGUUGUUAAUGACAACACACCAGAGUUUCUCUUUGAGGAAGAAGUCAAUAAGAUUGUACUUCGUAUUUUGAAGGAGACAGCUAAUGUGGAUAUAUCAGAGUUAUGUCUUGAGCAUUUACAUGUACAAGCUGAGCAUGAUACAGUUAAAACAUUGCUGGCCAAUGAAGGAGGCCUUCAGCUAGUCUGUUCCCGCUUGGAACAGCUGGUGCAAAGACACGGUGCAGAUGAACUGAAUUCCGGAGACUCUGAAGUGGUGGCUGUGAUGAAGCAAGCCUGUGAUCUUAUCAUUAUUGUUCUUACAGGAGAUGAUGCUAUGCACAUAUUGUAUAACAAUGGAUCUGGUGAAGUGUAUGAAAUCAUGGUGAAAUGGCUGGACUCUACCAACUACAACUUACUCACUACUGCAAUACUAGCUAUAGGCAAUUUCGCGAGGCAAGACGACUACUGUGUGCAGAUGAUGCAGGGCAAAAUAUUUGAGAAACUUUUGGAUAUAUUCGAGUUGUACAACAAUUUCGCCGUUCGCGUGCAUCAAGCGCCAGAUGACGACUAUCCUGUUGACAAAGCAACAGUCACUAAAAUCCAGCAUGCAGUUUUAUCAGCUCUCCGCAACCUGUCGGUGCCAAGCGCGAACAAAAGAGCAGCGGCUGCGCAAGGUCGCGCCGCGCCGCUGCUACUGAGCGCGUUACCGCAUGUGGAAGACCAUCACGUAGCCUAUAAACUGUUGGCAGCUAUAAGGAUGCUAGUGGAUGGACAAGAGUCGGUAGCCCGUCAGCUGGCGGAGAGCAGCGCGGCGCUGCGCGCGGUGUCGCGGUGGGGCGGCGCGGCCGAGUGCGCGGGCGCGGCGGGCGAGGCGCCGCGGCUGCUGGCCUGGGCCGUCAAGCAGCUGCGCCACUCGCACUGGACGCACAUCCUGCAGGUUGAAGGGUGCAUAACAAGUUUAGUGAAUAUGUUAGUUUCGUGUCACUCAGUGAUGCAAAAUGAAGCAAUACUCGCUCUGACUCUCCUUGCGUUAGCGGCCCUCAAUAGAACCACGCCGCAGACCGAAGAACCAGAGAGCGACUACGAAAAGAGCUUUAUAACUCAGAUCAUAGAGUCUGAAAUCGGCAAACACGUUUCAGUUUUAAUCGAAACUAACUGCGCGAAAAUGCCAUUAGAAGUCGCUGAGAAUCUUCUCGCAUUCCUGGAUAUAACUUCAAAGAAAAACAAAAUUGCCCUCGAAUAUAAAGAAGCGAAGUUGCAAGAUUCUUUGCAGAAGUUUAUGGAUUCGAGGAAAGACUUGGGCGAGAACCUUAAAUCUUGUCUGACAGAAAUAAUAACAGCCAUAUCGGAUAAUGGCAAUACGGAUUAGUACUGCCUUACACAAACGAAAAAUAUUACAUUACUUGAGAUGCGGUGAUAAAACGGUC